AAUCGAUUCUUCCACAAUCAAUCAAAAUCAAGCACCAGUCGGCGACAAAGUGUUAUCAGCAGUCACGAAUUGCAACGUCAAUAGUUUUGCAUCCGCGGAACUCCCCAAAAGCAACCGAAGGAAAUGGACCUGGUGAAACUAUUCAGUGUGCUGCUAAUCUGCGCCUCUUUGAUCUUCGUCUGUGAAGCACAGCUUACCUUCACGCCAUCCUGGGGAAAGCGAUCUUCGGUUCAACUGGGGUCGAACAUGCCGAAUUCGUUCGGUGCUCAGGACGGCUGUAAAACACCCGUCGACUCACUGAUGGUUAUCUAUCGGAUGAUUCAGAGCGAGGCUCAGAAAAUCCUGGAAUGCAAUCAGAAAUGAACGAAGUGAUUGGGCUGCUGUCAUCAACGCUCAGAAAGAAAACCGAAAUUAGUUCCAACCAGCGGAGAAUGCUUUUAAUUUGCUGUAUUCACUAAACUUCAAUCGUGUAUAUACCAAUACCUAUGUAUCAAAUCCGUUUCGUUCCCUGCGAGAUGCAAACCACUCAAAUAUAUAUAAACUAGCGUAGAUCACAGAAAAUGGCAUAAGUGAAAA